AUGUUUUCCCCAAACAUCCACACACGCACACCCAAGCACCACUCAACUCAACUCAACUCGACUCAACUCAACUCACAGCUUCGACUCAGCAACGACAUUCAGCUCGCCCCUCUGCCACAUCGCGCCGCCGUCGAUCGCCAGCGUCGCGGCGUUGACGUGCGCGCCCGCCCGGCUGCACAGGUACACCACCGCGCCGGCGAUGUCCUCGGGCCGCCCGAGCCGGCCCAUCGGGUUCCGCCGCCCCAGCUCCUCGGCCCCGCCCCCGAUCUCCAGCAGGCCGUCGGCCAUCUUGCUCGGGAAGAAGCCCGGCGCGAUGCUGUUGACGCUGAUGCCCCGGGGCCCGAGCUCGAGCGCCAGGUUGCGGCCCAGGUGCAGCGCGGCCGCCUUGCUCGCGCUGUACCCGUACGUGCCGUUGCUGCCGAGCGUGCCGACGCCGAGCCCGGCCACGCUCGCCGUGAUGAUGACCCGCGCCGGGUCCGCCAGCCGCUCCUCCCUGCCGCUCCUGGCGGCGACGGCCUUUUCCAGCAGCGGCGCGAAGAGCCGCACCGUGUUGAACACGGCGCGCACGUUGAGGUCGAGCACCUUGGCGAUGGCGGCGUCCGGGUGCGUGUCGAACUUCUCGCCCCACGUGGCGCCCGCGUUGGCGAGCAGGAUGUCGACGCGGUCCGUGUGCGCCGCCACCUGGUCGACGAGGCGCUGCACGCCCUCGACCGUCGCCGAGUCGGCCGGCACCGAGAUGGCGCGGGCCCCGGGCGCCAGGUUGGGCAGGGCGUUGAGCGUGGCGACGGCCUGCUCGCAGGCCUUGGCCUUGCGGGACGAGAUGAAGACCUUGGACGCGCCGGCCUGGAGGAUGCUACAUGCGUGCGAGCGCGAGAAGUUAGUGAAAUGGAGGCAGAAGAGAUCGGACACUUCUAA